AUGUCCCGCAGGAACAAUAUGAAUACGAAAAGGGAUGUCAAUGUCAGUCUGCAGCAGCCCCUGAACGAGUCGGAGUCGGAGCCGGACCGGGCACCGAAAAAAUCGAGACUAGAAUUCAGCUCCAACGAUGGCGAUGAUAAGCGCAAUGGUCUGGACCAGUUCGUGGCCUAUCCUAUCCACAAAGUCAAUCGGCUCCUGGAGCCUGGACCCAUUUUGCUUGUGGCGACCGGCUCUAUAGCCAACAAGACGCACAACAUAAUGACAAUGGGUUUCCACAUGAUGAUCCAGCACGAAGGACCAACACUUGUCGGUGCCUGCAUUGGGCCGUGGGACAAGAGCUAUGAUAACUUGAAGAAGACGGGCGAAUGCGUGCUCGCCAUUCCUGCAGUGGAGAUGUUGGAGAAGGCCGUUGAUAUCGGCAACUGCAGUGGGGAAGAUGUCAACAAGUGGGUGAAUUCUGGAAUAAACCCGGUCCCAGCUCCAGAUCCUGCAUCUGCAGAUGGGUCGUGGGCUAGAAAAGGGGGUGAGGAAGGGAGAGCACAGGCGCCUUUGGUUGGAGGGAAGGAUGUUAUAGCCAACAUUCAGUGUACGGUUGAGGACCGAGCGUUGGUGGCAAGAUACAACCUGUGGGUGCUGAAGGUGACUGGAGUAUGGAUCAAUAGAGACAUGGAUCUAGAGUAUGGCCAGGGAAGCAGAGACCCAGCAGAUGACGACGAUCGUGUUGGUGGUGGCAAACGAAGGAAGAGGGAAAUGAAGAUGGCUCACCAUCGCGGAGAUGGCCGGUUCGUGAUUGACGGAAAGGAAGUCGAUUUGAGAGAUAGGAUGGUCAAGUGGAAGGAAUUCCAGGAUUAG